AUAUCUUUAAUUCCCUUGCCCAAUAUAAUUUGUGAGAUCUGUUUAAUAACCAAAUUAAAGGCUUUACUUCUUAGCAGUUACCUCUCCAAAUGGCUAGUUUGUAUUCCUUUGUGUAUGCCUUGGCUUUGCUUGACAGCUUAGCUACGAAUUGGGCGCAUUCCUUGGCACCCCAAAUGGCUGAUCAAACCAUUUAUGAAGGAGAGGGUGGUGGAUACUACACUUGGUCCACUUCUGGGGCUCCUUUUCUCUCCCAGGCAAAGCUUGGUGCCGGCAAGUUGGUUCUGCAGCCUAAUGGGUUUGCCAUCCCUCACUACACAGACGCCAAAAAGAUAGGCUACGUUCUUCAAGGGCGUUGCGUGGUUGGAAUUAUAUCUCCGAACAGUACCACUGAGAAGGUAGUCAAAAUCGAGAAAGGUGAUGUGAUUCCGGUGAAGUUGGGAGCUGUGUCAUGGUGGUACAACGAAGAUGACUCCGAUGUGGUCAUUGUAUUCUUGGGAGACACCACCAACUCUAUUAUCCCAGGCCAGAUCAGCUUCUAUUUCUCGACCAUCCAACUCGGCGGUUUCUCCACAGAAUUUCUUGCCAAAGGUUUUGGCUUAACCGCAAGUGAAUCCAAAGCCCUAUUCGAAAACCAAAAUGCCCCUACCAUCAUAACCAAACUUAAAGCCAAAUUGAACAUCUCAGACCCCCCAAACAAUAACCGAAAAGACUUGGUGUUCAAUCUUGAAAAUGCUUCGCCUUUUGCCAACAUCAAGAACGGCGGAUCUCUGGUUUCAGCCACGGCUGGGAAUUUCCCUUUGCUCAACCACGUUGGCCUAAGCGUUUUUCUUGUAAAACUCGAACCUAAAUCGAUGUUAACUCCGGGUUACACGGCAGAUGCCUCAUAUAAACUAUGUUAUGUCUCGAGGGGCAGUGCGAGGAUUCAGAUUGUUGGCCUUAACGGUCAACUGGUUUUGGACGACAAAGUUGAGGCUGGCCAACUUUUUGUCGUACCGAAAUUCUUUUCUGCCUCACUCAUAGCUGAUAAAGGACUCGAGCUUGUGGCUACCUUAACAUCUUCAGAGCCAAUAUUAGGGAACUUAGCUGGGUAUGGAUCAGUUUGGAAAGCUUUAUCUCCUUCAAUCCUGAAAGCAUCCCUAAAUCUUAGUAUGGAGGACGAAGACAUUUUUAAGGCCAAGAUAGCGGAAGCCACAAUAAUUAUCCCUCCCAAUAUUAAUUAAAAUUUUCGUUUUACUUGAAUACAUAUUUACGUUUAUUGCUCUGACUAAAUUAAAAUAAAUGGUGAAAUUAUUGCUUGUGUAAUAAUUUGAUAGCAUGUUAUAUGAUGGUCCCAAUCUAAUAUAAUAAAAACAUAAUAAGUCUCAAUCAAGGUUAUAUCCUUGAUUUAUGUCCCUCUUUUUGGAUGCUAAUAAAUGUGUACAUUUUACUUUAAA